ACCCUAAAAUGGCUUUGACGGAGGCGCUCUUUGUCAUUGUGAGCGUUCUGAGCGCUAUUUACCUGUGGUUCCAGCGCAAUCACAGUUAUUGGCAGCGCAAGGGUUUGCCCUUCAUGCCGCCCUCGCCCAUUAUUGGCAAUACUGCGUCCGUGUUCAAGCAAGAGAGCUCGUUCGGCAUGUACAUCUCGCAGGUGUACAGUGAGCCAAGGAUGCAGGAUGAGGCCGUUGUGGGCAUCUAUGUGAUUAACAAGCCAGCUCUGGUCAUACGUGAGCCAGAACUUAUUAAAUCCGUGCUAAUCAAGGACUUCAAUCGUUUCUCCAAUCGCUAUGCACGCUGCGAUCCACAUGGCGAUCCGCUGGGCUACAAUAAUCUGUUCUUUGUGCGCAACCCACAUUGGAAGCAGAUACGCAGUAAGCUGACGCCCGUUUUUACAAGCGGAAAGGUGAAGCAAAUGUAUCCACUAAUGGUGGAGAUAGCUGAAGAUCUGGAGUCACAUUUGGCCAGGCAUCGUCCAGCACAGGGUACCGAAUACAUUACCGAGGUCAAGGACAUAUGCGCAAGAUUCACCACGGAUUCAAUUGCUACCAUUGCAUUUGGAGUGCGCGCAAACAGCUUGGCAAAUCCUGAGGCCGAGUUUCGCAACCAAGGACGUAAGGUUCUCGGGGCCAGUCUAUCGCGCAGCAAGGAUUACUUUGUUGCCUUUUUUAUGCCCAAGUUGGUAUCAUUGCUUCGCAUUAAGUUCUUUACGGAGGAAUAUUCCAAUUUUAUUCGCAACACUAUCAACCAUGUGAUGUCGGAGCGGGAGGGCACGGCCACUGUGCGCAACGAUCUAAUUGAUGUCCUAGUUGGUUUACGCAAGGAGGCCGCCCUGGACCCCAGCAAGCCGCAUCUGGCCAACAACAAUGACUUUUUGGUUGCUCAAGCAGGUGUUUUCUUCACGGCUGGAUUUGAAACCAGUUCGUCUACUAUGGCGUUUGGUCUGCUGGAGCUGGCCAAGCAGCCGGAACUGCAGGAGCGUCUGCGUCAGGAAAUCAAUGAAGCUUUAGUGGAGGAGGGAGGCAAGUUGAGCUAUGAGAAAAUCAAUUCACUGGAAUACCUAGCCAUGGUGGUCGAUGAGGUGUUGCGUCUGUAUCCAGUGCUGCCUUUUCUGGAUCGCGAAUAUCAGAGUAUUCAAGGCCUGCCGGAUCUGUCGCUGAAACCCUACUAUGAUUAUAAGAUGGAGAACGGCACGCCUGUUUUUAUCCCUGUCUAUGGACUACAGCGUGACCCUAAGUACUGGCCAAACCCGAAUCACUUUGAUCCCGAACGCUUCUCACCGGAGAAUCGAAAAUCAAUUGAGCCGAUGGCCUAUCAACCCUUUGGUCUCGGCCCGCACAACUGCAUUGGAAGUCGCAUUGGCCUGCUCCAGUCCAAACUGGGUCUGGUGCACAUCCUGAAGAAUCAUUAUGUGCGCUGCUGCUCGCAGACUCCCAAGGAUAUUCAAUUUGAUGCCAAGACUAUUGUUUUGCAGCUGGAUAAGGAAAUGUUCCUUGAGAUUGUUAACGAUAGACUUUAUGAUGAAAAGGCUGUCAAACGUGCACUCAGCAAAUUUUUUGCAAGUGCUAUUCUGAACUCGCUAAUUGUCGGUACCUAUAAUCACGCAAGGAAUUUUGCGAAUUAUAAAAAUCUUUUAGACCCUAAAAUGGCUUUGACGGAGGCGCUCUUUGUCAUUGUGAGCGUUCUAAGCGCUAUUUACCUGUGGUUCCAGCGCAAUCACAGUUAUUGGCAGCGCAAGGGUUUGCCCUUCAUGCCGCCCUCGCCCAUUAUUGGCAAUACUGCGUCCGUGUUCAAGCAAGAGAGCUCGUUCGGCAUGUACAUCUCGCAGGUGUACAGUGAGCCAAGGAUGCAGGAUGAGGCCGUUGUGGGCAUCUAUGUGAUUAACAAGCCAGCUCUGGUCAUACGUGAGCCAGAACUUAUUAAAUCCGUGCUAAUCAAGGACUUCAAUCGUUUCUCCAAUCGCUAUGCACGCUGCGAUCCACAUGGCGAUCCGCUGGGCUACAAUAAUCUGUUCUUUGUGCGCAACCCACAUUGGAAGCAGAUACGCAGUAAGCUGACGCCCGUUUUUACAAGCGGAAAGGUGAAGCAAAUGUAUCCACUAAUGGUGGAGAUAGCUGAAGAUCUGGAGUCACAUUUGGCCAGGCAUCGUCCAGCACAGGGUACCGAAUACAUUACCGAGGUCAAGGACAUAUGCGCAAGAUUCACCACGGAUUCAAUUGCUACCAUUGCAUUCGGAGUGCGCGUAAACAGCUUGGAAAAUCCGGAGGCUGAGUUUCGCUCCCAGGGACGCACGGUAGUUGAAGCAACUCUGUUGCGCAGCAAGGAUUACUUUGUAGCCUUCUUUUUGCCCAAGUUGGUGUCGCUAUUUCGGGUUAAAUUCUAUACGGAGAAAUAUUCCAAUUUUUUACGGAAGACCAUCAACCAUGUGAUGUCGGAGCGGGAGCGCACGGCCACUGUGCGCAACGAUCUAAUUGAUGUCCUAGUUGGUUUACGCAAGGAGGCCGCCCUGGACCCCAGCAAGCCGCAUCUGGCCAACAACAAUGACUUUUUGGUUGCUCAAGCAGGUGUUUUCUUCACGGCUGGGUUUGAGACCAGUUCGUCUACUAUGGCGUUUGGUCUGCUGGAGCUGGCCAAGCAGCCGGAACUGCAGGAGCGUCUGCGUCAGGAAAUCAAUGAAGCUUUAGUGGAGGAGGGAGGCAAGUUGAGCUAUGAGAAAAUCAAUUCACUGGAAUACCUAGCCAUGGUGGUCGAUGAGGUGUUGCGUCUGUAUCCAGUGCUGCCUUUUCUGGAUCGUGAAUAUCAGAGUAUUCAAGGCCUGCCGGAUCUGUCGCUGAAACCCUACUAUGAUUAUAAGAUGGAGAACGGCACGCCUGUUUUUAUCCCUGUCUAUGGAUUACAGCGUGAUCCCAAGUACUGGCCAAACCCGAAUCACUUUGAUCCCGAACGCUUCUCACCGGAGAAUCGAAAAUCAAUUGAGCCGAUGGCCUAUCAACCCUUUGGUCUCGGCCCGCACAACUGCAUUGGAAGUCGCAUUGGCCUGCUCCAGGCCAAACUGGGUCUGGUGCACAUCCUGAAGAAUCAUUAUGUGCGCUGCUGCUCGCAGACUCCCAAGGAUAUUCAAUUUGAUGCCAAGACCAUUGUUUUGCAGCUGGAUAAGGAAAUGUUCCUUGACAUUGUUAACGAUAGACUUUAUGACGAGAAGGCCAUCUGAUGUUACCUUUAAGAUUUUCAUAUAUACUUUGGUUGAUCCUUAUUGAAGAAAUUUCAUUAUAAUUUACUUUGUUAUAACUUUAUAUAUUUGAUUAAUUGUUUAAUAUCUUACAAUAAAUAUGCUCUACUUAA